UUGUCGCCUGAUUCAAUCUCAUUUUCGCGUUUUUCAUUCAUUAACUACAUUUCCCAUAAAGCUGUGCGGCGUCACGUGGUGGUCAGCUGGCUUCACAUGACCGGUAUAACUGGUCUCUACCCGGUUUCUUAAAACAAACAAGUUAAAACCAGUUGUGCUAAAUACACAACGAUAUUGAUGUCAACAACGCAUAGAAAGAAAAGCGCAUCCAGAUAUGUCAGCCAUGGCCCCUUCUUCUUAUAAAAAGCUGACUGGUCUAAUUGCAGCCACCUUUACUCCAUUCAACACAGACGGUGAAGUCAACAUAUUAGAGAUUGGACCUUAUAUUGACUACUUGACAGAAAAGCAAGGUGUCAGGAGCAUAUUUGUGAAUGGCACCACCGGAGAGAGCAUGUCUCUCACUGUUGCAGAGAGGAAGGUCCUGGCUGAGGCCUGGGUUCAGAAAGCCAAGGGCAAAAUGGAUCAGGUGAUUGUGCAUGUCGGCUGCAUGAGUCUUAAAGAUUCCCAAGAGCUGGCUCGCCAUGCAGCAGAUAUCAGGGCUGAUGCCAUAGCAGUCAUUGCACCCUCCUUCUUCAAGCCCAGCACUCAAGACGCGUUGAGGUUGUUCCUGCAAGAAGUGGCUUCAGCUGCCCCGACUCUGCCUUUCUAUUAUUAUCAUAUUCCAGGUGUCACCGGUGUUAAUCUGCCAGUGAGAGACAUGUUGGAAGGUAUUGAGGAGCUCAUUCCCUCCUUCAGAGGUGUGAAGUUCAGUGGGAGUGACCUGAUGGACUUCGGCCAGUGUGUCAGCAGCAGUCCAGCACACUGGUCACUCCUCUACGGUGUAGACGAGCAACUGCUUGCAGGUCUGGCUAUGGGGGCCCAUGGAGCAGUUGGCAGCACAUAUAACUAUAUCGGCUGUCAGAUCAACAAGCUCAUAUCAGCGUUUGAGAAAGGCGACCUUGCCCAAGCCAGAACCAUCCAGUUCAAGAUGCAAGAGCUUCUCGUUUACGCCAUGAAACUUGGCUUUGACGUGGGAGUGAACAAGCAGCUGAUGAUGGAGGUGUCUGGCCUGCGUCUCGGGCCGCCUCGACUCCCCGUGAUGCCGUGUCCUCCUGAUCGCGCUCUGGCCAUCUCACAGAAACAUCACAGCCUUUUUGCUGAAUGCUGAUAUGUUCAUACUGGACUGUUGGAAUAACUUUUACACAAUCAAACCUCACCGUUAGACAGGAUCUUUUUCAGGAGUAAGUCCUUUUUAAUGGGGAAAAAUCUAAUGUGUUAACAAAUCUUUCAGUCUCAGUGUUCAUCAUAAAUGUGGCACUUUUGUCAUAAAUCAGCAGUGUUAUUUUAUUAUCAUGUACUGUGUCUCAUUAUAAGGAGUCUAAACACUCUCAGGCUUUUUUAUGUCAGUCAUGUGGCAUUUUAUUCAUAGAAAUAAAAAAGAUCACAGUGGACUUUUUUAAAAAUGGGAAUAAGAAACUUAAUGGUUUCACUACUUGAUUGUGUUUGUGGUUCAAGUUUGGAGAAUAUUUUGUCUCCGUCCGUAAUUACUACCAGUGCAGUAUGAUUCAGUAUUUUAUAUAUUUUCUACCAUAAAAAUGUAAAAACAAAAAACAAAACAGAGCCUUAAGCUGACCCAAUAAAAGUGAAGUCAACAGACAGAAGGGGCAUUAAUAUGAACACUCCAGAAAGGAUGUAAUAAAACAUCCGAGUUGUUAAAAGGGAGAAUAAAACACAUGAAGGUCAGCCUUGUUUUGAGUCAGAAUGUAUACUUAUUGAGUAUUAAAGGGAACUAUAUUGUGUAUGAAAUAUCAUUGCUUUGUAUUGUUAUAACAAAUAAUUACACGUUUCUUACUAAUAAAUACAUUAAUCAAUUUGUUGGUUCCCAUGGAUUUUUUAUAUUUGCACACUUGCUGU